AUGGCGUCUCGGACACGGGGUAUUGACACAAGACAACGGCUGAUGAAAGAGUUGAAAGCAUAUAAUAAAGAGGGGGAGAACGAAACAUUCCUGUACCUACGUCCCGUCAAUGACGAGGACCUACUACACUGGGAGGCAGUAUUGAAGGGCCCAGCUGCAUCACCUCAAUCUAACGCGACAACAGGUGGACUUUGGGGCCUUGAUAUUCAAAUCCCAUCAGACUACCCUUACGCGCCGCCCACCAUCCACUUCACGACUAAGAUCGCGCACCCGAAUAUCGCCUGGGGCUCGGGGGAGAUCUGUUCCUCAUUAAACAAUGACUGGAAACCGACUGUGAAUCUCUCUGGCAUACUCGCGGCUAUUCAGCUACUGUUGACGGUUCCGGAUCCGGAUUCGCCGUUGAAUCCUGACAUCGCGGUCCUAAUGCGCAACGGGGAUUUUGCUGGUUGGGAGAGUGUUGUACGAUACUGGACUCAGGAGGAGCGGUGGCAGGGAGUUCGGUGGUGA